UCCCAACACCACCUCUCGUGCUCGUACACAGGCGCGCGCGCGCGCAUCCAGAGCUACGUCACGCGCUGGGAAUGCAGCGAGGAAUUGGUGUCUUCGCUAAAGGCCUUCAGAUCCGUGACAAAAAUGAGGCCUAAGGACAGGCGACAGUAAAAGCACUGUGAAGGAGCCUGCCAUGUCCGGUCCCACCUGGCUACCACCAAGGACUCUGGACAGCCCUGAGCGAGCCGUCCCACCGAUGUCCCACGCUGCUGCUGGGGCAGCCAUGUACCAAGCCCCCAACAAGAAGGGCACGCCCGACUUCAGACCCAAAUAUCCGUACGAUCAGAACGGAGGAGGGAUGAGCAGCAGAUACGUGUCGGCCGGAUCCACAGGUGGUCCGGUUCAUCGCUCUCCAGGUGAUCACUACUACCCUCCUCCUCCUCCUCACGGCCCCACGGAGGACCGAACCUGGAGCCCUCACGUGGACGGCUACCAUCUGAUGCACCGUGGUCCCGAGAAGCCGGUCAGCUACCACUCCAAGAUUGACGCUGACAUCGACUCCCUCACCAGCAUGCUGGCUGAUCUGGACAGCCACCCGCAGGACUCCAGCUCCCAGCUCUACGACAACGUGCCUUACAACAAAUACAUCUCAGGAGAUCAUUACAAACCUGCACACCAGAGCUCAGCGCCUCCUCAGGUUCGGACGGCCAUCGGCUACAACUCUCAGUACCACCCGGCUCCCCCCUACCCCGGAGAGCACCAGACCCCCCAGUACUCCCACCAGCAGGACUACUACUCCUCCUCUAGCCCUAAGCCCUACCCCCAGCCUGUGCCGGCCUCCUACACCACAGCCUCCACCCCCACCGGGCCUCGCUUCAGCGUUCAGGUAAAGACGGCGCAGCCCGUCACCUACUCUCAGAGCGGCAGGCAGGCGGAGCAGGCCUACACCCCUCCCCCUCCUCGCCAACAUGUGUCAAGACCCCCAGCACAGACUCAGAGCUGUCCACAGGGCUGGUACCCCCCUCAUCCUGUCUCACAGGGUCAGGAGAUGCUCCCAGAGGGGGGGUACAAAGGCAGCAGCAUAGGAGCAGGGGUAAGAGUCAACCAGGUCCCUCUGCAGAAAAGAGGGAUGGAGAAGACUCAGACUGGGUCUGUGCAGACGUCCUAUCAGUCCAACAAGCAGGGGGCAGCAACGACAAGGCCUGAGGAGGAGCUGGAGCGGCUAACCAAGAAGCUGGUGUAUGACAUGAACCACCCCCCUGCUGAGGACUAUUUUGGUCGCUGCGCUCGCUGUGGCGACAACGUCGUCGGAGACGGCAGCGGCUGCAUCGCCAUGGAGCAGGUGUUCCACGUGGAGUGUUUCACCUGCAUCACCUGCCAUGCUCGUCUGCGAGGGCAACCCUUCUACGCUCUGGAGAAGAAGAGUUACUGUGAGAGCUGUUAUAUCAGCACGUUAGAGCGUUGCUCCAAGUGCUCAAAGCCCAUCCUGGAUCGGAUCCUGCGGGCCAUGGGGAAAGCCUACCACCCCCGCUGUUUCUCCUGUGUGGUCUGCAACUGCUGCCUGGACGGCGUGCCGUUCACUGUAGACGCCACGUCUCAGAUACACUGCAUCGAUGACUUCCAUCGGAAGUACGCCCCUCGCUGUUCGGUGUGCGGCGAGGCCAUCAUGCCCGAACCAGGUCAGGAGGAGACGGUCAGGAUUGUCGCGCUGGACCGCAGCUUCCACGUCAACUGUUACGUUUGUGAGGAAUGUGGCCUCCUGCUGUCGUCUGAAGGCGAAGGUCGAGGAUGUUACCCACUGGAUGGUCACAUCCUGUGUAAGAGCUGCAGCGCCCGCCGCAUCCAGGACCUCUCCGCCAAAAUCUCCACCGACUGCUGACGGAAACAACCUGAAUAUAAACGACCAACGUCUCUGCGGCCGUCUCCUUUUACCUUCUGAACCUUUGGAACAUGAUCAAUAAUGUUUAUGAUGUCAGUAUUAGUACGACGGUGGCCUGGCCUGCAGGCAGCUCGGGCUCCACGCUGCACACUCCGGUACCAAUCAUGUCCCACCUCUAGAGCUCAGCAGAUGCAGAAUGAAAGCUGUAUUUUUAUAAAACACUAUCAAAGGUACAAGAGAAUACUGUGACUGUACAGAAGACACUGGUUUGCUUUGAAGAUUAAAGCGUUUAGUAAAACCUCAGAGAGGAAUGUAGACGGGAAGAUUGUGUUUCCCUCUUCAGCUCUGAUUAACGUUAAUCUCAUCUAGAUUAUUAACUCACCAGAUGUUUCUGUUGACAAGCAACUACUAAAGACAAACAGGGUGUGCUUGUGCCAUAAAAAACAAGUAUUUCUACAGUCUUUAAAGAGGUCAAAGGUCAUUUACUAGGAGCUAGUUUCUACUCGUGUGGGCUGAGUUUUCUUGUGAGGUUUAGAAGAGACGGUAUUUGUUUUUCUUGAUUUUCCCGUCCGUUACAGAUCUAAACGUCUCCGAGUGUCGUUUGGCUUCAAAUGGCUCCACUGUGAACUCUGAUCACACACAUUUCUAUUUCUCAUAAUUUAUCUUGAUUCUUUGACUUAAUUCUACCUUUUUGUUUCAGUUUAAAAUCCCGACUCGUUUCCUGUGUGCUUGAUCAGUUUCUCUUUCACCUUUAAACUGGAGCUCCUGCCAACGCUGCACAGACCAACACCACCCUGAGGUCUUUCUGCGCUGAAUAAAAGUGUCAUUACAGCACAAACGUGUUAUUAUAAUGGGUGUUUAACGUGUGCACGAGAUGAUUAAAACGUCAAAGCUA